AUGCCUACAAGUAGAAUAUCACCGUUGUUAACCCUUGUAAUUAUGUGUUUCCUUUUAUCAUCCAUCUUUUGGAUUCAGCUUCGAGAUGAAGCGUUGACCGUUGUUACAUCGACAAAUCCCCCAAUACCAACACAAUACUAUGAUCAACCUUUUACAAUACCUCCCGAUAAGAUUGAUAAGAUGACCGAUGAGAAUGGUAGUGAAAGGGAGUACGUUAAAGAACAGUAUUACAUCAAUUACCUUGAGGUACUAAAAAGUCAACAUCAAGAAAUGUUGACCAACUUGGUCGAAUUGGCGGAUGAAAUAGUUGCAAACAAUAAUGUAUACUCGGUUACGUUGAAGAAAGAUUUACCCCCUUCCCAAGAUCCGCACGAUUACAUGUCACUCUCUAGAUAUUUUUGGCCCAAUCCAGAUAAACCUAACGGAUUACCUUAUGUUAGAAUUGAUGGAAUUGAAAACCCAGAAAUCAAUACCAUACAAGAUUAUACUUUGAUGCGUAAUUUAUUCAAAGAGAUUGAAAAUCUCGGAUUCGCCUACUUUUUCACGAAUAAUCAUACCUACGUUGAGAAGGCGAUUUAUAGAAUCGAUGAAUGGUUCAUUAAUGAGAAGACAAGAAUGAAUCCAAAUCUAAAUUACGCCGGAUUUAGAAGAGGUGACAAGAUUGGCAGAAGAACGGGAGUUUUGGAUAUACGACCCAUAUUUAAAAUGUUGCAAUCGAUACCAUUGAUGCGUUCCUCAUCCAAAUGGGAUUUUGCCGUGGAAAGGAAUUUACGUCAAUGGUUUUCCGAAUAUUACUUUUGGUUAACAACAUCAACCAUAGGACGAAAGGCAAAGACGGAAGGGUUGAACAAUCAUGGUACCCAUUACGAUGUACAAAUCACAUUUAUUUUAUCCUUCUUGGGUCGUGACGAAGAAGCUCGCGCUUAUUCCAAACAAGCAUUGAUGAAUAGAAUAAAUAUAGGUAUAUUACCAACCGGACAACAACCUUAUGAAACCAAGAGGAUGUUAAGCUGGCAUUAUUCUAUAUUUAAUAUUCAAGCAUUAUUCCUGUUAGCCGAGAGAGCUGAUCAUUAUGGAUUUAAAGAAUCAUGGAAUUACGUGGGUGAUGACGGUCAAACGUUACAAAAGUCGGUGGAUUAUAUCUUGUCCUACGCACUCAAAGAUGGUGAGGGAUGGCCUUUUCACAAUAUCGGAGACUUUGAAAUAAAUGAUUUUGUAAAAGUGUUGGAAUUAAGUUAUGUUGUUUGGGGUGAUAGGAAAUAUUUAAAAGCAUUAUCAAGUUUAAGACCAAAGGCUAAAUUAGAACAAAUUCAAAAGGGACUCAUCUUUGAAGAUAAUUACCUUUGUGUUUGGUCUCUAAUGACGAAUAGAAUGUUAUGGUCUUGUAUAGAAUAA